AUUCAGAUGUGUUCUAACACCGUACCUAACAAUUGACUGCGGAUAUUGCCCGCGGGCGACCUCUUCGUCCUGAUCAUCCUCUCGCUCUCACAGUUAGUCGGUCUAGCCACUGUUGUCAUUCCGCAAGUGAUCGGGUCAAAUAUCAAACGUGCGAUGGUAAAGUUCGGGUUCGGUAUAUGGCCAAGGAAAGAUUUGGUCGGCUCAGAACCAAGUAAAGCAACUGGUGAUCAGCCGCUCUACCCAACACUACCAUGCUUUCGAUCCAUCUCCCGUGACGAGAUCCAGAACCAGCCUUCGACAAGUUCACGUUUGACAAAGCUACCCGCCGAUAUUCGACGGAAGGUCUUCGUGACAGCUUUCUGCGAAAGGACGCUUCACGUGGAUCUCACCUCUGACGCACCCAAUCCCUCCGGACCAUUGACGCAACAUCAGAAACAUAAUGAACGGGUAUGCAAAGCGGACAGGCCUGCAUCGUACCCCCAAACCAAUGUCGCAAGUAACAAUUCAUGGCGCUGGGAAAGCUGGGUCUGUCACCGGAAUCAUCCUGACCUCCCGCAAACCGGCAUGGCUCAGCGGUUCGUCCGGUGAGGCCCUUGGUUCGACAACUACAUGCUGGGGGUCGGCGGGUUUUGUAAUCGUUACGAGAGCCUGUCGCCGGACAAUUGCGAGAUCGGCAUAAUGGGGUUUUUUGUGAGCUGCAAGCAGGCGGAUUACUUCGAGACAAUUGAUGUUCUCUACGGUACCAACAUCUUCACGUUGAGAAGCGAGGUCCUGAUGCUUCAUUUACCCGAGCUACUCGUUCCACAGCGGCUGGAAAGCAACACAUACCUGGAGCUCCUCAUUAAGGCACGUGAAGUCCGUGAACGCCAGCGCGCUGUUGGCCAGGACUUCAGCAACCUUGCCGUGAUACUCGAGCAUAUUGUCGUAUAUGAGGGUGAGCCGGAUACGACACCCCGCCGGGAGCAUGUUUGCUUUUGA